GAGAUGGCAGCUCCAAGAUGGCGGCGGACCUCCAGAAAUUCUUGUUCAAAUCGAAGUUUUUGAGGAAAUACGCGGCGCUGCGGACAGUGGCCUUAGUGUUAGCGAUAGUGUGGAGCCGGCAGGGGCGUGCGGACGGACAGGAGCAGUGCAGUGACGUGUGCGGCCACGGGAAGUGUGCGGACGAGCAGUGUAUAUGUGAGGCGGGCUGGAAGGGGCCGCAGUGCCAGUGGUGUCAGGGAAGGGUCAGGCUACGGGACAACGCCAGUGUGAUCACGGAUGGCUCUGGGAACUACUCCACAGACACCCAGUGCACAUGGCUCAUAGACUCAGGCCAGCCCAACACCUCCAUCCGCCUGCACCUGGACCACUUUGCCACAGAGUGUUCCUGGGACCACCUCUAUGUCUUCGAUGGCGACAGCAUCUACGACCCUCUGCUGGCGGUCUUCAGUGGCAUGGUGGUUCAGGACAACUACCGUGUUCCCCACAUUCCCGAGGUGGUGGCCAGGUCGGGCUAUGCGCUGCUCUACUUCUAUUCGGACGCAGCGUACAACCUCACUGGAUUCUCAAUAUCUUAUAGAAUCAAUGGGUGUCCGCGCACCACGGCGGGGGAGGAGUGCUCGGGCCACGGGGUGUGUCUGGACGGCUUCUGCACCUGCAACGCUGACUGGGGUGGCCCGGCGUGCUCCGUGCGGGUGUGUCCUGAGGGCUGCUCCGGCAACGGCCAGUGCAACCGCGAGGAACACCGAUGCCAGUGUCACCCGGGCUACACAGGGGCGGACUGUAGCCAGGUGGUGCAGGCCGGCUGGUGGGAGGUUGUGGGCCAUGACAUCACGAGCCAGCUGACCCACUCUGACCCCGCCUCCGCCCUGCUGGAGAGGUCAUCACACACCACCGUGCUCAUCGACGACACGCUCUGGGUCAUCGGGGGUUACUCCUUCACUGAGCGACCCUUCAUACUUAAAUAUGACAUCAGGGGUGACCAGUGGGUUGCCGUUGAGAGCACAAGCAUCAAGAAGCCAGCACACAGAUAUGGCCACACCACUGUAGUAUAUAAUGGUUCAAUAUACAUGUUUGGAGGGAUGAAGUCCGACGGUACCAUCACUCAGGAGCUCUGGCGACUGGACACGGACACCCUCAAGUGGUCGCUGAUGCCCUCCAAGCGUGCGAAUCGGACCAGGGGCGGCGGCGGUGGACGGUCGGGUGGCGGCCGGCGCGGGAGGCAAGGACGGAAGGAGAGAAACAGACGUAACAAUCGCAACGGAAAAAACAAGGACGAGGAGAGCGGACGAGAAUGGGAUGAGGAGAAGAGAGAAGAGAAGAGGGAGGAGGAGGAGCUGCUGGGAGAACAGGACUUGGACCAGAAGGAUGGAAGGGAUGGAAGAGAGAGAGAGGAGAAGGAGGAGCCAGAGGAGGAGGAGGAGGAGGAGGAGCAACAUGAGGGUCACCAUAGGAAGAAUCGUGGUGGUGGUGGUGGUGGUGGAGGGUGCCAACAUGCGCCCGGCCCCUGCGCCCCCAUACACUGCGUGGGCCAUGCGUCCGUGGUGGUGCAGAAGGCCAAGAAGAAUGUGAUGCUGGUUAUCUUUGGCCACUCCUCCUUCUAUGGCUACCUCAACACUGUGCAGGAGUAUGACUUGGACGAUGGCACCUGGACCACCGUGGAGACGCGCGGGGCCGUGGUGAAGGGCGUCUAUGGCCACACCGCCGUCUGGGACCCGGCCACGUCCCUGGUCUAUGUGCACGGCGGCCUGCUCUCCCACGACUCCACCAGCCAGGUCAUCGGCACACUCAUGACCUAUGAACCCCUCAAGCAGAAGUGGAAGCUGCAGAGUCCGGCGCCGGUCCCUCGGUUCCUCCACUCGGCAGUGCUGCUGGAUGGCCUCAUGCUGGUCUUCGGCGGCAACACCCACAACGACACGGCCUACUCCUAUGGCGCCAAGUGCUACAGCGCAGACUUCCUGGCCUACGACGUCGCCUGCAACGCCUGGUACGCACUGCGGCGGCCCCCGAAUCUGUAUCUGGAUGUGGCGCGCUACGGACACACGGCCACGCUGCACGCUGGGGCCAUGUACCUCCUGGGCGGCUUCAACGGAAAGAUGCUCGGUUCACUCCUGCGCUACCACCCCGGGGAAUGCGACAGAAUCACACCCACCGAGGAGUGCCUGAACGCCUUCCCGGGACGCAAGUGUAUCUACAACAGGGUCCUGGAGAAGUGCGAGCCCAGCAAGAACAGCGACAAGAGCAACAAGGCGUACGACGUGUGCUCCAACGUGACGCCGGCGCUCAACUACACGGAGCUGUGCAGCGAGCAACAGUCCUGCUGGUCCUGCAUGUCCAACACCUACGGCUGCACCUGGUGUGGCAACGCUUGCACCCACAACAAGUGUCUCGAGUACAAGGUGUCCCCCGCAACACUCACUCAUGGCGAGCGCGUCCACAACACUGUGGACCAACCCAGUCCAUCCAAUGACUUCCUGGUGAAGCCCACCAUUGUUGUGGACCACUCCGCCAAGGGCGUGGGGAAUGGGGACAGCUGCGAGGAGGACACCCUGCGCUCCCACUGCAAGUCCCUCAAGACCUGCCAGCUUUGCCGCGCCCACCAGCACUGUGACUGGCAGGAGCAGCUGUGCGUGGUGGCGCGGAACAGGACCAACACCCCAGAGCACCUCGAGGUCUCUGGGGUGGUGCUUCCGGGCGAGAACAUCCCCAGCACGCCUCCCGUUGACCAGCAGGACCACCGCACGGCCCUCAGUGGGGGCACACGCACUGCCUUGCACCCCCACAAGGCCUGCGAUGAGACGUGUGCCGAGCGGACGACGUGCUCCAAGUGUACUGAGAGUACGUGUAUGUGGUGCUUCAACCAGCAGCGGUGCGUAAACAACAACUCCUACCUGGUCAGCUUCCCGUACGGACAGUGCCGGGAGUGGACCACCGAGGCCAAGAAGUGCAUGGACCUCAAGCCUGGAGAGCGUCGCUGUUCCCUACACAAGACCUGCAAGGAGUGCCAGGCGGACGUGGCGUGCGGAUGGUGCGAUGACGGGGGCGGCACUGGCAUUGGGCGCUGCAUGGAGGGGGGGCAGCGCGGGCCGGUCAACCCUGUCACCGGCGUGCUCAACCGCAACGCCGGGAACUGCUCCGCCGCCAACUGGUUCUUUACGGAGUGUCCACUGUGUAAUUGCAACGGGCACAGCACAUGCGACAACAACAGCCAGUGCCUCCAGCCAUGCGCCAACAACACCGUGGGGCCGCACUGCCAGUACUGCUCCAAGAAGUUCUACGGCUCGCCCAUCAACGGAGGACUCUGCAGCCCGUGUAUGUGCAACGAACACGGGGACGACUGCCACCGGGAGACUGGGCGCUGCAACUGUCACACAAAGGGGGUGACCGGCGACCACUGUGAGCGCUGCGACAAACAGAACAACUACGUGGGGGAGCCGCUGCAGGGAUCAUGCUUCUAUGACCUCCAGAUUGACUACCAGUUCACCUUCAACCUUAGCAAGCAGGAGGACAGUCACAUCCGCCAGAUCAACUUCUUCAACAUCCCCACCAAGAGCGAUGUAGACACCGACUUUGACAUCUAUUGCUCCAAGGCCACCAACAUCAAGAUAUCCUCAAAGACUACACGGAGUCACGAGUCCUGGAUCAUCCGCAACUACACUGGUACGCGCAUCAAACAGCGGUUCAGCGCCUCGGAGUACACCUUCGGCUCGGCGGACAACAACACCACCUUCCUCGUCUACGUGUACAACUUUACGCCACCCAUCGAAAUCGUGGUGUCCUUCUCGCAGCACCCCAAGCUCGACCUCAUUCAGUUCUUCUCCAUAUUCUCGCUAUGCUUCCUGAUCCUGCUGACCCUGGCGGCCAUCCUGUGGAAAAUCAAACAGAAAUACGACAUAUACACCAGAAGACAGCGACUUCUGGUGGAGAUGGAGGCCAUGGCAUCCCGCCCCUUCAGACCCAUACUGCUGGAGCUCUACCCGAGAGGCACCGCAGCUGACGACGACACUUCCGACACCACCACAGAGACCCCCGACACAACCACCACCACCACCACCACCACCACUACCACUACCACCACGAACGCAAUCACCACCACCAUCAAGCCACUCACCAACACCAAUAAUAAUAACAACUGCUGCGUGCGUGAGACCAACGGAACCAUGCCCGGCGCCCUCACAGCCUCCGCCAACAAGACCAACUCAAAGUUCUGCAAUAACAGCGCCAACAAGUUUAUUCAGAAUUCCAUCUCGCCCGACAGUCUGUCCUCGGAUCUCCUGGACUCCCUCGGCACGCUCAAGGUCAAGAAGAAGGUCAACCCCAGCCCCAUAGCCCUUGAGCCUUGCUGUGGGAGUCGCGCUGCCGUCCUCUCGCUCCUGGUGCAGCUCCCCACGGGCACCGAGCUCUACACACCUAUCGGCCACCCAGGCGGGCUGGCCAUCGCAAGCACUCUAGUGACCCUCGGCAACCCUCGAAAAAGUAGCAGCGAGCCGGUUGCGGUGACCAAAGGCGACAUCUACCGAAACAAGACGACGCGGGGCAAGCAACCGUACUCCAACCACUCUACCGACACCUGCAUCUAGCCCCUCCACUCCACCACACCACCAGGCCUCCACGCUCCACUACUCCACGCUGGGCGUCGACUGCAGGGCUGAGGAGUGUGAGAGAGAGAGAGAGAGAAGGGAGUCUAACCCUUCACAUCACCUUCUUCAGUCUGGGUUAAGCUAAGAGUCGUGUGUGUGUGUGUGUGUGCGCGCGUGUAGUGAUGUGGGUGUGAAAGUAUACAUUUUAUAUCCCUCAAUGUGAUGUUUGUGGUGUGAAAAGGGAGUUGGCAAUAGUGGGGGUAGAGGCCGUGGUACACACACACACACACACACACACACACACACACACACACACACACACACACAGACUUUCAUUCAUGUACAUAAUCCUUCGUGGUCACAAGAAGAAAUGUGGGAAGGCAGGAGUCUCACUUAUGAUAACAUGCAGUAUUAACUCGUACGUAGCUGAACCAUUUUUCAUCAAGUCUAGCGCUAAAGGAAAGACGAGUUUGAAUGGGCCCACUACGCAGGCCGCCCUUGAUCACAUCUUGUCGGUAUUCGCUUCAGAAGUCCACAUAACACCCAAUACAGUCGUCCCUCAAAUAGUUCGGUUUCUGUUCUUUACGGAUUGUCAUAGAAGAUCUUUUAAGGAUUUUUAGAUUUCCUGCUCAUCGGGAAAUUUAAAAAUCCUAAAAAAAUCCUCAGUGAAAAUCCACAUAAAACCGAAACAGAACUAUUGGAAACCGUGCUAUUUGAGGGACGAAUGUAUUCUUACCCGGUAGUUGCAGGGGUAGCGCUAGGCUGGCUCCAGUACCCUCGUAAGGAGACGUGUGAAUGGCUACUUGUGUUGUUUUAUAUAUAGGAGUCCUGAGAGUGUGCAUGAGUUUUUCCCGCGGCGAGAGAUGGAGUUAUUUACGGCGGCGACGGGCGGAGAGACUUAGUUCAUAGGUAGGUAAGAGUGUGGCUGUCGGUUGUUGUCAUAGAGUGCGUGGGUGCCGUAAGUAUGUGUUUUUUAUAUAGGCGUCGAGAGAGUGGGUGAGUGCGAGAGUCCGCCACCACAAAAAAACAGAGAGAAGAGGAGGGUCAGGUCAGCCAUAGACGUUGGUGGCAAUGUGUUAUAGAGUGCAGGAUUCCGUCACCUUGUAAAUGAAACGAAAGGAAGAGGAGGAGGAGGAGAAUGAUUAGGAGGAAGAGGAAGAGGGUCAGACCUGGAGUGGAGAUUGGCGGCUGGAAUUCAAAAUUCCGCCACCUUGUAAACCAAAGGAGAGGAUGAUUAGGAGGAAGAGAAAAAGGAGGAGGAGGAUUAGGAGAAGGAGAAGGAAGAGGGUCAGACCUGGCGUGGACAUUGGUGACUGGAGUUCAAAAUUCCACCACCUUGUAAACCAAAAAAGAGGAUGAUUAGGAGGAAGAGGAGGAGGAGGAUGGGAAGGAGGAUUAGGAGGAGGGUCAAACCUGGCGUGGACAUUGGCAGGUGGAUUUCAAAAUUCCACCACCAUGUACACCAAAAGAGAGGAGGGAGGAGAAGUAAGAUUAUGGUUGUCGGUGGUGGAAGAGUGUCGGUAGAGGAGGCGGUAGAGGAGGCGGUUCGUUCGACGUGCACGUAAACACUUUUGUAAAUACCGGUCUCUGUUGUUGUUUUCCUGUCUUGUAUCAUUUCCCGGGAAUGCCGCAGCAAACAAAAGGAUCACCACCACCAUCACCACCACCACCCUGCCCACUUUUUGUACAGGCGACGACGGCCCUUUGUAUUUUCCCGCAGGGCUUUCUUUAUACAUCUCGGCAAAAUUUUUUAUCUAUUUUCCUAGAUCUUGAUGCGUCCCGAACUGGUGUGUGGAUUUCUCAUUUCAUACGGCUCAAGGAUUUUGUUGUUAUAUGAGUUUGGAAGAAGUGUACAUAAGGGAGAGAAGAGGAGGAGGAGGAGGAGGAGGAGUUAGUAUUAAGAUGUAUAUAUAUGUAUUGAUAUAUAUAUAUACACACAUUAUUUAUUUAGCAUGUAUAGUACCAAGGAAAUGUAUGCAGUCUUGUCUCACGAAUCUCAGCCAUGUGAUAUAGGCAUCGCGAGGCUCCAGCAAGGGUGUGUCGGUCUGUCCCCCCACACACGCGGCACCUACAGGCAAGCCCCGUUAUGUGUUUCCAUCAUUCUUAUCAUUAGCAGUAGUGGUUGGGUCAUUGUUAUCAUUUCUACAACAUUUUUUUCGGUUCAGGAUUGACGUCUGUGUUUGUAAACGUAUCGUCGCCUCACUCCGUUCGCUUGUUCCGAAAGCCUCUUGUUUGUGGAAGUUGCCGCCGGGGUCUUCGUGGACUGCUUUGUGAUGCCAGUGAUAGUUUUACACGACCUCUGCGUCUUUAAACGGGAAAAACACCCACGAACACCCGGUUAAUCUUCCCUCUCUUUUGUGGAAGUUGCUGCUGGACUCGUCAUGGACCGCUUUGUGAUGCCAGUGAUGAGUUUUACACUACAUCUGUGUAAUUGAGGGGGAAAAACACCCACGAAAACCCGGUUAAUCUUCCCCGUGGCCUUGGGAAAUAGUCGCAGUGGGAGCCCGAUACGUUUAGGAAUGUGGACCUGAGAGCGAAGGGUAAACAAACCGUGUGUUGUGUGUUGCUGUCAAGAGUCGAUCUCACGUGAGGAAGUCGUCGUGUGUCUGCCGAGGCCAUAGCAAGGUCCAUCAAGGGGUGGCUUUAAUCCGCACCCCAUAACAACAUGAGAGCGAAAGGUAAACAAACCGUGUGUUGUGUGUUGCUGUCAAGAGUCGAUCUCACGUGAGGAAGUCGUCGUGUGUCUGCCGAGGCCAUAGCAAGGUCCAUCAAGGGGUGGCUUUAAUACACACCCCAUAGCAACACUGAUUUGUACUGAAAAUACUCGUGCCAUCACUCGGAAAAUCUGUCUCUUUUGUCCACUGUGUUCGUUUAUACAAAGACUCGCUUCCUUCCUUGUCAAAUUGUCAUCCAUGUAUCUAGGGUUGCCUGUGGUUGAGACGUGUGUUCCAAAGUUUCCUACGCUAUGCAUGCUCUGAAUAAUAUAUUAAUCAUAAUAGUAGAGGGAGAGAGAGAGAGAGGGUGGCGAGCGGCAUAGGUCCAGUGUAGCCAUCUCACUCGGGCGGACCAAACUGUUCUUUCGUUACGAUGAGUUCUGACGUCCUUUGUAUUGUUCUGAUGUUAAGUGGCACUUGUCAAAAGUCCACUUCUCUAGAUCCCAGUGUUAGAAUAUCUAUUGUCUUAACUUGGCAGACAGGAGGUCCAAUGGUUUCAGCGGUAGGAAUUUGUUGAGGCAGAAAAGUGUAACCCGAUAUUUGCUUGGAGGUGAACUUAGCGUCCUGUAAGUCCUGCAUUCUGAACCCAUCUGGCCUUAAAAAUCAUAACCUGACCUUUGUUUUUGGCAGAAGUUGGGGUCUAGGAACAUUCCCAUAGUCUUGAAUCCCAUUGGUCUAAAAAGUUGUGACCUGACCUUUGUUUUUGAUGGAAGUUGGUGUCCAGUAAGUCCUGCAUUCUGAACCCAUCUGGCCUUAAAAAUCAUAACCUGACCUUUGUUUUUGGCAGAAGUUGGGGUCUAGGAACAUUCCCAUAGUCUUGAAUCCCAUUGUUCUAAAAAGUUGUGACCUGACCUUUGUUUUUGAUGGAAGCUGGUGUCCACUAAGUCCUGCAUUCUGAACCCAUCUGGCCUAAACAAUCAUAACCUGACCUGAAGUUGGGGUCUAGGAACAUUCCCAUAGUCUUGAAUCCCAUUGGUCUUCAAAGUUGUGACCUGACCUUUGUUUUUGAUGGAAGUUGGUGUCCAGUAAGUCCUGCAUUCUGAACCCAUCUGGCCUAAACAAUCAUAACCUGACCUUUGUUGUUGGCAGAAGUUGGGGUCUAGGAACAGUCCCAUCGUCCUGAAUCCCACUGUCUUAAAAAGAUCAUAACCUGACCUUUGUUUUUGGCAAAAGUUGGGGUCUAGGAACAUUCCCAUAGUGUUGAAUCCCAUUGGUCUAAAAAAAUGUGACCUGACCUUUGUUUCUGGCAGGAGUUGAGGUCUAGUAACAAUCCCAUAGUCUUGAAUCCCAUUGGUCUAAAAAGUUGUGACCUGACCUUUGUUUUUGGCAGAAGUUGAUAUAAAGUAAGUCCUGCAGUCUUGAAUUCUAUUGGCAUAAAAAUCCUUGCAGUACAAAUUUGUAAGGGCAAAACACAGUAACCUAAUCUUUGUUUUGGGUGGAAGUUGUCGUCCUGUAACGCUCCCAUAGUCUUGAGGCAGGACACAGUAACCCAAUCUUUGUUUUGGUGGAAGUUGUCGUCCUGUAACGCUCCCAUAGUCUUGAGGCAGGACACAGUAACCUAAUCUUUGUUUUGGUGGAAGUUCUCAUCCAGUAUCACUCCCAGUCUUGAGGCAGGACACAGUAACCUAAUCUUUGUUUUGGCAGAAGUUGUCAUCCAGAAUCAGUCCCAGUCUUGAGGCAGGACACAGUAACCUAAUCUUUGUUUUGGCAGAAGUUGUCAUCCAGUAUCAGUCCCAGUCUUGAGGCAGGACACUGUAACUUGUUCUUUGUUUUGGUGGAAGUUGUCAUCCAGUAUCACUCCCAGAGUCUUGAGGCAGGACACUGUAACUUGUUCUUUGUUUUGGUGGAAGUUGUCAUCCAGUAUCAGUCCCAGUCUUGAGGCAGGACACUGUAACUUGUUCUUUGUUUUGGUGGAAGUUGUCGUCCACUUAGUUCCACAGCCUAAACCCAACUGGUCUAUAUAAAAGUCCUUGCAGUUCAAACUUGUCAAGGCAGGAAGGAAAUUGUAACCUAAUCAUUGUCUUUUGGGCAGAAGUUGGAGUCCAGUAAUAGUCCCACAUUGGCCUAAAAAUCCUUGUCUAAAUUUGCCAAGGCAGGAUAUUGCAAACUAAAAAAUUAAAACUCCUAUUUCCCAACUUAACCCUUUCACUACGGCUGGGCCAAAACAGCGCCCCGCGCCAUAUCUGAGAUCGGCGCGUACUCCAAAUUUCAAAUGUCGCUAUUGAAUAGAAAGUUUUCAGCCAUAAACUCAACAUAAUCAUCAUGUAUUAUAUAUGAAAGCAUGCAGAAUUAAAUGGUGCACAUAAAGAAACACGUUAAUUGAUAAUUUUGAGAUGUACGCAUAAAUAUAAAGAGAUGAAAUAACUCGUAUAUUGGCUAAAGUGAGCCAGGACACAGUAUGCGCGUCCUCGGAUAUGGUACGGCGCAUGUAAGGACGCAGUAUACGCAUCCUCGUGUUGAAGGGGUUAAUAUGGACAGAGUAUAAUCCCCGAGUGCUCCUGCCAGGCUGUAACGGCGUUGUCAGGGCCUGUAUGCGUGGACACUCCUGACGCCAUGAUAUUGUAAGAGUAAUCCAAGUCACGUCAGAACAACAGUCAGUCUCCAUACCCCUGAACAGUGUUGCCAGAUUGUCGCGCUCAGGUCACUGUAUCCAUGUUUCAGACCCAGACUGUCGCAAGUACCUACACAUUUUUUUAUUUUUUUAUUUAUUUUUUAUUUAUUUUUAUUUUUUCAGUAGAGGAAAACGUUCAAGGGGGAAAAAAACAGUAAUGAAAAAUAAAAAGCCCGCCAUUCAUUGCUUCCACAAAAGAGUCAAGAGGAUCGAGUGAUGGUAUUCAAUUUGAGUUUCUAUUAAGACCUUUGAUAAUUGUUUUUUAUAUUUUUUUAUAGUUAUUGGUCAGAGCUGGGAUAUACACUGUGCGAAAGACAUUUUUAGACGUCUCGGCACCUCAGUUCACCCAUUUGAAAAGCCUUUCGGGGAAGUUCUGGAUUUUCACGGACUGUUUUGUGAUCCCGCCGGUGAUAGUUUUACACGGCCUCUGCACCUUCAACGGGAAAGUCACCCCCAUGAAAACCCGGUUAAUCUUCCCCGUGGGCUUGGGCAAUAGUCGUGGUGGGAGCCCGAGAUGGUUCUAAAUGUGGACCUCAGCGCGGUGGUCUGGCAACGCUGCUCCUGGUGGCUCGGCAUCGCUGAACUAAAGUUUCCACCGUUGUCAACGCAGAAAUUUUGAGAUGUUUUCCGUUUCGUGAUCGUUUUGUUCGUCUGUUUUGUUUUUCAGGUCAGAAGUCGAUCAGGUGCUGAAGAUUAGGCUCGUCAAUAGGUGAUCAAACUCAACCAACAAUCGUGCAGUCGUAGAGAAUGUUAUGUGGUGUAAGGUCUUGAGUCGGUGUGCUUGUAAACAAUUUUUUAUACACGUUAUCCUAUAUUUAUUUUACCUCUUUUUAGCAACAUUAAUAUGAGAAUCA